AGCCGUUUUGGCCCAAGAGUCCGAUCAUAGACCGAACGAUAACUUGCCGACUGCUUAUCACUCACUCAUCUGCGCCAUCCAAUUACUGUUGCCUCACACUUUCUUACGCUACUUCGACUGCAAACUGCAACUUCAGCGUUCAGCCUGACAAAAUGACAGCCAACACCGACACUGUUGGCCAUCGCUACGAAGCUGUGGUUUCCCUGGCCCACAGUCUCCUGGGAAGAGAUGCGUUCGAUUUCGACCACGAGGAGCUUCGCUCUGUGGUGAUGCUUGCAGUUGCGAGGGAUAAACGUGUGCGCGACGGAGACAGGCUGGACACACACAGCGAGAAGGGCCGCAAGGGGUGCGCGAGGUUCUUGAAGAAGGUGGAGAAGGUCGCACUGGCCCUCAGCCUUGAAAGCGCGCCCAGGGAGUACCGCAGCAAGUUCACCGCAGACGUCCGGGCGAUGUUUUCGGGGUCUCACGGAACUACCGCGUGGACAUCCUCGAGGCGGCGCUGUCGCUGGCCCCCGCGCCAGGGGCCGGCGCGGAGGCCCCGCGGCGCGGCGGGGCGCUCGCGGCCCCCGCCGCGGAGCUGCGGGAGGCCCUGCUCGGCCUGGGCCGGCUCCUCGACGCGUGGGCCUCGCCGCAGCGCGGGCCCGAGCGGGCCCGCGGGGCGCUCUGCGCGCGCCUGCGGCGCUUCGACGCCGCGUGGGCGGGCUUCGAGGAGGCCUACGUGGAGGGGCUGUCGUUGGCGAGGCAGCGCUCCAGGGACCUGCUCGCGCGGGCCGUGCUGCAGGACCGCCGCCUGAGGUCCGCCGAGGCCCGGCUCGCUGGCCAGGGCUCGGCGGCCGCCAUGGACGAGUGCCGCCAGCAGGAGGCGGCGCUCCUGGAGCUCCUGGGCGACCUGAGCGCUGCCGCGGGGAUUCCCAGGCCCUCCACCCAGGUCCCCGAGCUCGCUCUGCAGGUCCUGGGCGAGGCCGUGCAGGAGGUGGCGAUCGCGGGCCCGCUCCGCGGCGAGGGCCCGCACGUGCCCAGCGUCGUGCUGGCCGCGCGGGCGGUGGAGUCCUACAGGGGCCUGCGCGAGUACCUGGCCUGCGCGCGCGAGCGUCUGGACGAGCUGCGCCCCCAGCUCCGCGAGAACGAGGGGCUCGCCGAGAGGCUGGCCUGCUGGGAGGACAGCUGGGAGCGCUUCGCCUUCUACACGGAGAAUCCGCACCUCAUGGAGGGGGUCCACGCGCUCGCCAGCUUCCUGGCGAGGGCGCUCAGGGCCGCGCCCUCGCUGCAGCAGAUGCUGGAGGACCGCGACGCGGAGCUGUUCCUGGUGCUGCCCCGGCUGGUGUGCCUGUGCCUCCUGUCGGGCCUGGAGCGCCCCGUCGCGCAGCUCCUUCGGCCGCUGCUGCCCUGCCACUUCGCAGACUCCAGCGCGCAGCCCGGCGGCGACCAGGCGCCCGCGCCAUCCGCCCAGUUCGAGGGCGUGCUGGAGCUGCUCGGCGGCUCGGCGGAGCACGGCGCCUGGGAGGCGCUCCUGCGCCGGGCCGUGGCCGGCGCGGGGGCGGCGGCGGCCGCAGGCGCGUGCCCAGAGGCGGGCCCUGGGCGGCGGGAGGCCGCGGCGGGCGCCGUGGAGGGCCUGAUGCGCGAGGUGGAGGGCUGGAGCAUGGAGCUGCAGCGCCACCACCCGGUGGCCUGGAACGACCUCGCGAGCGUGCUCGUGCAGUGCCUGGUCUGGGGCCCGGGCGACGUGGAGGCGGCUUGCCCCACGAGGUUCGUCCUCUGAGGGGCGCGGGCGGCGUGCGCUGCCAACUCCUGCUGCUGCGCCUCCUGCUGCUACGAGUUGCUGCCCUCGUCCUUCAAAGGUAGUACCCAUCGGUCGUUGAAAGUAGGUAUUUUUGGAUUCCCAGAUGCCAAUCUACGUUGAGCGCCUUCCUACUCCAACGAUCGAGUGGCUUCACCUUUUCCGUCCUCCUUAGGGGGCGGACGGAAAUCGUAGACAGCAGAAAGUAACAGCAGUCCAGCAUCAAUGUUCGCAGCCUUUACCCCCUCAGGGGGCUGGCGGAGCUGACGCUUCACUGUCUGAAUAAAAACGCGCCUACGGGAGCACGUGUGUUCACGCCCGGACUUAUUAGUGUAGGAGCGUGCUAGUGCGCAUCCCUUUAAGCCGUUCACGCCUCUACACUCAAUUUGAUUUAUUCGCUGCACUUGCCCAGAGAAGUUCGCAGCUCUGCGACACGGUCCAGCGAAGGCUAGAGCGUGCCAGCAUAUUCCCGAGUCCGAUAUUCGGACGUUUUUCCCCGACAGUGCUCAGGCAAAUUCUGCUUCAGUGGCCGGCGAGUCACAACUUCUGCGCCCAGGAUGCGGCGACUGUCUGGCACAAGGCGACGAGCUCCUUGCCUUCGUUGUGCGUGCCUCGGCCGUUUGUGCCUUCGCCCAGGGCCCAGCGAGCCGCGGUGCUCUGGUCCAGCGAUGGGACGGGAGGACUGCACGCCCGCAAGGGAGCCGUGCAGCUGCUGGUCAGAGAGGAGGCUGCAGCGGCCAAGGACAAGGAAGAGCUCCUUCCCUUGGAGUGGCGCAGGUCCUGGCAGGGCCGACCCCUGCCGGGUCGGCGUGCCCGCCGGCCCUGGGCCGAGGUGGUACCUGGCCAGGAUCGGGUCUCCUCGUUCCUCCCUCCUCCCUCCU